AUGGGCCACAAAAUAGACAUUUUUUUAUACAUUUGCAAAACAGGAAACGAAGCAAAGGUUAAGAAAGAUGUCGUAAAGAGACUCAUCCCGACGAAAAGGAAGUUCAGAAGGGGGGUAGUGGUCAAGUACGUUUUGUACAACUGUAAAACGAAAAAUAAUUUAGUAAAAAAAAAAUGGAACAUAAGUUACCUGCUAAAUAAGACGAAGGAUAAGCGCAAAGGGAGGACCAAGGGGGUGCAGCUUGAAAAAAGAAGCCAGCUCGAUGAAGCCACUGUUCAACGUGGCGAAGUUACGGACGAACAUAAGACUGAAAAUUCCUCUCAAAAUGGUUCGCACCAAUUUGUGCGUCGAAAAAGUUGUUGCGCUAAAAAUUCGGGUACUUAUAACAAACUUCUCAACAGAAUACUCCGUAAUGUGAGAAAUGGCCAGAGCACGACGAUCAUAAAUACAGGGGUAGACACGAACAAGGGGGAGAAAAAUGUCUUUUUCUAUGGACACCUGUAUAGUAAAUACCUAAGGGACAGCGGAGAUGUGUUGGAAAAGGAAGAAACGCCCAGUGGUGUUACUAGCGAAAAAAGCGAAGUAACAACAUCGGAGGGAGAAAUAAAGAUAAGGAAGGAGAAAAUGAAAAAGAACGAAUCGCACAUAGGUUACCUUGACCCAUGUUGUCACGCGAAGAGAAGACGGAAGGACUACAUGCAAGGCGCCAAUUUUGAGGAAUGCUUAAAAAGAAAAAAAGGACUCAUUUUGGAUAUAUACGAUUGGAUUGUUAGGAUGAAUAGUGAAGAAGAUAUGAAAAUAUCAAUUUCGUCAUGGACUUACAAAAACUGUAAAAUAAUCGAUAUGCUAAAAAAAAGAUGUAGUGAGCAUAAAAAUCGCACAAGUGGAAGGAAAGGCGGUAGGAUGAUGCCCCCCUUUUGCCACAGAUGUUUUAUAAAAGAAUCUUUUGACAACCCCAAUUUUGGGAAUCUCCAGUGCUGCAAGGAAUUGCCCAUAAAAAGGACAAUACAAAAUGGCGAACAUUUAACCAUAUGCCUUAAGCGUAUAAUAAAGAAGUGCAGAAAAAUUUUUGGUCGAUCAAAGAAGGGAAUCACUAAUGUGUGCUUUGUUUUUAAAUACAAAAUUAGAAUGGACGUGCAGGACAGUUGUGUGUACUUAGUUAAUUUCCCCCUUUGCCACAUUCAAAAAGAUAAAAUUUUCCACAACAUUAAUAAUGAAAAGUCUCUGCUAUUUUUGUUCAAUAAAAAGAUUUUACAAUCAGUGAGAGGUGUUAGUGAUUACUCCAGUUUUGUGUUUCCCUUUAAUAACGCGAAGGGGUGUCAGAGGGCCCUCAAAUUGAAGAAGAAAAUGGUUCAUUUUGUGAGUCAGAGUGAAGGGGUGCGAGGUGUAAAAAGAGCCAACAUUACGCUGGGGAGCAUAAAGGAUGAGAGCCCAUCGGGGGAUAAGCAAAGAAGUAUAAAUGGCGAAGGCCCGAGCGAAGUGUGUCACCAACGCCCAAAAGAGGACGAGCUCUCUGAGAAAACUGGAACGAAGGAAGAAACAGAACCCACAGGGGUAAUAACUGCAUUUAGGAAGCAUAAAAAAAAGGACAUCAUCUUCCACAUGCAUCUUUUCGAACUGCUCAUUAGACUUAUAUUUGAAAACACGAAAACUUAUUUUACCUUUUUCAUCACCGAGUUGACACACGAUGGGGAAUUCUAUAAAAAUGUGUACUACUUGAAUUUGAGCAAAAUUGUUAAUGUGAGGUUGAAGAAAAGAGGAAAGAAAAACACAGCACAAGGGAGAGACUCCAACAGUGAGAUACACAAUCUUAUGAAACAGAACGACGUGUGCAAACAUAUGAUAAGCGAAAGAGACAACACUAUACGGGUCUUACAAAAUGAGAUAAGAGAAAAAAAAAACACAGUGUCAGAACUGGAGGAUCAACUGUCAAAGUACAAAAACGACCAUUUGGAUAAGCUAAAAGUUAUAGAAAAUCUGAAGAGCAGAAUAUCAAAAAGGGAGAGUACCAACCAGAAGGAAAAUAAUGCCAAUGAGCAGAUUGUAAAAAAUGCUGAUUAUAUAAAAAAAUUGUAUAAUGAAAAUAAUUUAUUAAAAGAAAAAAUUAAAAAAUUGAAUGAGUCGAUUAGGAAAGACGGGGCUUCUUCUUCACGUUCAAUCGGAAAAUUUGCUGACUCGAUGGAGAGUGGCGUGGUCAACCUUCUGGCAAAUAACGAGAACACAAAGGAGGAGAAAAAUGAAAAGUUAAAUUUUUUUCUGAAGGCCUUUUUAGACACUGAACAGAAGUUAUAUACAGCCGACGUGCUCAUAAAAACCCAGAAUGAGAUCAUUACAAAAAUUAAAAAUGAGAAAAACAGUUAUUUUGAGGAAGUUGAACGGAAAAAAGUUCUUUUUAAACGGGAAGUGGAAAAAUCACUAGAUUUUAUACACUCCAUUUGUGAAGACAUAAAAACGAAGAAGGAGAAAAUUUGUCUGGCGAACAGGAUUAACAAGCUGCACGAUUGCAUAAAUGUAAAAUGGGAGAGCGUGAAAGAGUGA